ACGACAAGAUGGACUCUGAUUAGUGGACAGAGUUGUAAACUAAACUCGAAUAGUUUGUGGUAUGGAUCUGAUAGAUUUAAUAGGCGACUCUAAAACAGACAGCCUGCCAGCUGGGUUUUUACGCUCGAUCAAAAUCAAGUACAAACAAGAAUCGUCGCGAGUGUUCCCACCAGGAACUCCGUAUCAUUCCACGGACCUCACUGACAAAGCUCCUCAAGUGAAUCGUGGAGGUCAAAGAAGUGCCUCAGCUGCGAGUAACUCUUCUGCACCGAGUUUUAUGGCAUGGCAUGUUCCAUCACGACUGAUUCAGCAGCAUAAACUUGAGCAGCCCCCUCCAUGUGGGUUUGUUGCACAGAGACACAAGUUAGGGUCCAGAACAUCUGUACUGAGUGGACAGUCCCAGGGCAGUAAACAACUUCAACCACCCUCCAGGGGAAACCAUGAUUUGCCCAGACUGCAGUCUGAAGCUAACCACUUGAGAAGAAGUCCCUUGCAAAGGCAACCCACAUCAGCAGCAGCUCCAGCUUCAUUGCCAGUGGUGGGGAAAUCUUCCAAAGAGUCUGUUAGCCAAGACAAGAAUCUUCCACAAGAACUGGAAAAUGCAAGGAAGAUGGCCUUUCUAAAGGUAAAGUUCACCAGCUCAAUUAAUUAUAGAUUGCUGACAUUUUCUCACUCCUUAUCAGUGUAUUGUUUAUUUAUCUUUUUAACCAUAUUGCUUUCUUUGCAGUCAAUCAAGAAGACAAUUCAUCCUCAGUCAUUGGAGGCAGUAGAUGACUGGUUGAAAAAAGCCACUGACAAAGAGCGCCAACUGGCCUUGAAAUUUUUCAGUACUUUGUCUGGAGUUAAGGCAGACAAGAUGGACUCACUGGGCCCUAAGAUCAAUCCUGAUCACACAAAGGGAAACUGUGAGAUCUGUGACAGUGGAAGAGUUGAGGAAGCUCUUGAGGCACUGGCUAGAGAAGGCACCAUUGCAUCUUGUGGUAAGCUGCUGAACAAUCCUAAGCGAGUUCCAGACAUUACCAAACAGUCAUAUUACCAGAAAGUUCGACAGCGGCUCCCAGUUCAUGUCAGGCAGCAGUUCCAGACAUGGCACCAUCUUCCUGUUUACAAAGUACCCAGUGAUGCUGCCAUUAACAAAAGUUCCAUGUUCACACAGCCACACAAGGCCUAUGGACGGCACUUUACUAUCCAUCCAGAAUGGGGACUGCACAAGCCUAUUUUGCUGUAAACAAAUAUUUCUAGAUCAAUUGCUGUGCUUUUUAAUAGCAUUCAAACUAUGAAGUUGAAGGUUAACCAUUGAAAAUUUCUUUAUUUCAUACAAAUUGAGAUUUACACUGUGAAGUACUGUCAUUUGUAUCUCUGAUUGGACGAACGAUGUAUUUCUACAGUUGUUUGCUUCCAAAUGUGUCACUCAUUAAGAAAAAAAUCUCAGUAUGUUGGAAAUGAAAACAUCAUACCAUGGAAAGUGGUGGAGCUUGUUAAUUUUUUUUUUUGAUGCAUCGCAACUCAUGAAUAAAAAUUGUUUGUGCCCACUUUCCAUGCAGGCCUCCUUGGAAGCAUGUGCAAUCAUUCAGAGGGUUAAGAAUGUCAUGUCCUGACUUGGGAUUGGUGGAAUUAAAUCCAUAUAUUUUUUUAAGCUCUCAGAUUUCCAUCAUGAUGAUAAUUGAAAGCAGCAUCAAAUGAAACAGCAGGCUUACCCCAUGAACUUCAGAGUUAGGUUUGUUAUUGAAAUGCUCAGUAAAAAAACAGCUGUAAGGUUUUUGUUUGGAAAACAAAAUCAGUUCACAAAGUUAGUCUGCAGUAGACCUUCUGCCUUAAACCUUCUGCCUUCUGUAAACCUAUUAGUUAUGUGAUCACUUGUUGGGAGAGUAUGUUGGUGCAAUUGAAUGGUGGAUGGUUACUAGAACCAAGUGUAGAUUCAAUUUUAUUCCUCAUAAUUGUUAGGCCCAAUAUAAUUAUAUUUUCUUCUAAAGAGAUCAAAAGAAAAUUCAAAUGUUGAUCUUUUUAAGCACAUUUAACAAUGGAUCUAGGCUUUUCAAUUGUAUUUGAAUAACUAUGUGGAGAUUGUGUGUCAUGUGUUAUCUCUUUGCCUUUACUUGUCUCUCCUUACCCACAAAAAGCUUUGUAGUCCAUUCAAAAGCUUUUUUGACAAAGCAUGACUAAGGAAACUGUGAAAAGUGGAAGGGGAACAAUAAAUGGAGAUAUAAGAGGUGGCAUGAGUUUCUCAUGAGUAAAGUAGAGAGGCAGUAGACAGUGUGUAACUUUAGAGCUAUAUGUAUACUAUAUGUGAUGUGUUUAAUUAAGCUACCUGAUUUUAGUUUAGUCGUCAGUAUCCAAUCCAAACUCCUGAUACAUGGCUCUUGUUGUUGUUCCAUCUAUUUCAGCUUGAAUAAAUGAGAACACAGAA